CGCGCGACCGCGAGGCGAGAGCCCAAGCCGCGGCUGCUUCAGAUAUUCCACCGUGCCGCGCGCCAGCGCCGCCAUCGCGAUGGCUCUUCCCCUCGUCCGCCUCCCCUCGCUUCCCGCGCGCCAGCCGCCGCUCCUCCCCAAGCUCUCAGUCCCACCUCACGGCGGCCCCGUCUCGCUCGCCGCCACCUGCUGUUCAUUCCGUAGCCGCGCCGCUUUCCCCGCCUGUUCCGCGAGCGCCUCGGUGGCCGCGGGGCAGCAGCCGGCGGCGGAGGCGGUGGAGGAGCCCGAGGGGCCGAGGACGCGGCUCAUCGCGCAGAACAUCCCCUGGGACUGCACGGCGGACGACAUGCGCGCGCUCUUCGGGAAGCACGGCUCCGUCGUCGAUGUCGAGCUCUCGAUGUACAAUUCAAGCAGAAACAGAGGAUUGGCGUUUGUAACCAUGGGUUCAGAAGAGGAGGCUCUUUCAGCACUCAACAAUCUAAAUUCUACUACUCUAAAUGAUAGAACAAUUAAGGUAGAUUUUGCUAGAUCGAGAAAGAAGCGGCCUGUUGUGCCAUCAGCUCCCAUGCCAAAGCACAGUGUGUUUGUGGGUAAUCUGACUUGGAGAGUGAGAUCUCGGCAUCUUCGUGAAUUAUUUGCGUCAAACCCAGGUUUGCAAUCAGUUGAAGUUAUCUUCCAUACCACAAGUCCGAGGCGAUCUGCUGGUUAUGGAUUUGUUUCCUUUUCUUCAAAAGAGGCAGCAGAGGCUGCUAUAUCGACCUUCAAUGGCACAAAAUUGAUGGGAAGAUCCAUUAACGUGAUGUUUAAAGAUGACAAUGCCAAAAAGAAUAAAUCUGCUGAACCAAAGGAAGAGGAUCUAAAGUCAGAAUUAUCUGAGCAGAGUGAUAGCUAAGCAUCGAUUGUUAUGGGAAAACACAAAGAGAAAUUAAAUGAUUGAGGGUUGCUUAACCGGCAUUUUCUCAGUCUCCUAGCUGCUGGUCAAUUUUGCUCAUUCAACGCCUUGUGAGUUCUAUAUUACUGCAUUGUUUAUGCUGUCCACUCGAUAUGGAUAACAUAAAGGCAUGCGCAGGUCAGUUCUACGCGACGAGUACAAAAUAUAUGUAAACCUUUGUUGACACCCAAGCUAAUUAAUUGUAGAUAGAGAUAAUUCUCAACAAUCUCGUACGUAACCUGACGGAUUUGGCCAUAAUUUGUCUAUGGCGAAAUGUUUGGUGCAAGUGUAUAAAUCACCGGCCUUUGCUAUUAUUGUUUUCACUUUAUACAUGGCUUCGUUUUUAUGUGACUGGAAGGUCUGUCAAGUUACCUUGGCUUUCAGAUGAGUGCUAGUAGCAGUAAAUUGCAUGCUAUACUGUGCAG